GAACGUCACGAGCAGGAAUCAGGAAGGUGUGUGAGUGUUUUUAUCGGGAUCAGGACUUUGCAAGGUGCUAUGUUUAUUAGUAACUUUGUUUAUCGGGACUACGACAACCUCGGAAAAAUGUAGGAGUUUAUACACUACUUCAAUAUGGGUCUUAGGGAGUCAAAACUUUGCUUCCUCCCUUAUGAGGAAGCGACGAAGAGAGUUACAGACGAUGAAAUGCAACGACUUAGACUGGCCUUCAAACGAUGUUCCGGUGUCAGUGGGUUUAUGCCCCAACCGGUGUUUACCCGUGAAGUUCUUGGUGAUGGUGUACCUAACAAAGUGGCUGAGCAAAUUUACACAGCGUUUGGUGGUACAAACAAGGGAAUGACAUUUCGCGAUUUGCUCUGUGGUCUUGUGCUUCUAACCCGGGGCACACGCGAAGAGAAGAUAAAAUUUAUUUUCAAUAUUUAUUCAACCGACGGAGCAUUCGUGUACAAAGAUAAUAUGGAAAGUUUGAUCCUUGCUUGUGAUGGAGGCAAUAUUCCUCAGCCGGUCGUGGAAUGCUUCUCUGAGUUUGAUAGACUACCAUUUGAGGAGUUUUCAAAGUGGCUUUUAAGAAAUCCAGAUGUGACUACGCUUACCAGAUGGUUGCUCAUUGUUAGUAAUGGUUGCAGUAUCCAGUUAACUGAUAGCAGUGAGACUCCAACAUUUUACCAGACACUUGCCAGUGUUACCCACUUACAAGAGGCAGAUAUUAUGGAGCUGGAGAAGAGAUAUUGGAUACUAAAGGCUGGAACAAAAACUGGAAAAUUUGAUCUGGAUACAUUCACACCACUAGUAUCACCACCCAUUCCAAAGUGUCUAUGUGAAGGAUUGUUUAAUGCUUUUGAUGAAAAUCAAGAUGGCCACAUUGAUUUUCGUGAGCUAGCAUGUGGAAUUUCCAAAUGUUGCAGGGGAUCCAAUGCUGAGAGGCAAAAAUUCUGCUUUAGGGUAUUUGAUGCUGAUGGAGAUGGCUUUCUGUCAAGAAGUGAAAUUGAAAUAAUGUGCAGAGGUUUAAUUGACAUCAGAAAGGAAAAUGCUGGAGAAAAGGAUACAAGUGCCAUCUGGGACAAGGAUGUGUCAUUGAUGGCAAUUGAAAUCCUGAGUGAUUGCAGCAAAGAUGAGGAUGGUCAAAUUAGCUUAGAAGAGUAUAAGGAGUGGGCAUCUACACAUAGAUUUUCCCAUCUGUUUCCCAAGUUAUUGGUCCAGGUAUGUCACAUUGUUUUGGGGCUUAGACCAAUCACUAGAGAAGUAGAACUUCAAGUUGUGAGAGGUUGGCUUGAGCGUGAGUACCAGCAUGACCUCAAUCCUGGUACCAUUUGGUAUCUUGUGGCUAUUUCUUGGUGGCGCAUAUGGAAAGAGUAUGUCAGUUAUCAGCCUUACAUCAGACGGUCAUCUACAGGGAAUCUUCGCAAGAAUGGUACAUUGCCAGCAAGAAUAAACCAAGUUCAUAAUGCCUCCUCUGGCAACCAAGGACAAGCUUGGAGUGGUGACUCUGCUUUAAAAACAAGAUCGUUGGGACGGCGUGAAUCUCAUCCAAUGUACAACCAGAGUAGUAAGGCAGUAAGUCCAACUGGGACAAUGAAUGGUCACUGUUCACAAGGAGCAGUAGCAUUAGGUACACAAGUGCCUGGUCCUGUUGAUAAUGUCCCACUUGUAGAACCUGAUACAAGAAAGGUCAUGAUUUUAACCGGCGAAGGAGGAAAGUUGAAGCGUAACAUUCCUUUAUGCAGAGGAAGGGACUUUGAGAUCAUACCAGAACCUGUUUGGAGAGCUCUUCAGCAGUGGUAUGGAGGUGGACCAGCUCUCCCAAGAACGGUCAUAACUCCUACAAAUGGUGAUCCAACCCCAGAAUUAGAGCUAUACCCAAUAAGUCUGCGACUGUUUCGACAUGCCCCUCCCCCUACAAGAGGUGGAAUUACAACAUGGACUGGGGUUGGAUUUGGAUUAAGUACGUUUGGUUUUGGUACCAGUUCUCUUACCACCCCUCAUGCCCCACCCAAAAGGUACCUGGCAUAUGUGGCAUCUUUUAGUCGGAUGAACACAUUACAACAGUUCGAAACAGAGAUAUGAGUUGGCCAGAAGAGAUGUCCUCCUUGGCAAACAACAGAAGUCUUAGGGAGAAACUCAAUUUAGAACCAACAGAAAAAGGAGCCACAGGCCUCAGUAACUUGGGUAACACCUGCUUUAUGAACUCUGCACUGCAGUGUCUCAGUAAUACCCAACCCCUGACACAGUACUUCACAACUAAGUGCCACUUAUAUGAACUUAAUAGGACCAACCCUCUUGGUAUGAAAGGGCACAUUGCACGUCGGUAUGGAGACCUUACUCAAGAUUUGUGGAGUGGCAGCUCCCGCAGCCUUGCUCCACUGAAACUCAGGUGGACAAUAGGAAGGUAUGCUCCAAGAUUUAAUGGAUUUCAGCAGCAUGACUCCCAGGAAUUCUUGUCAUUCCUCUUGGAUGGUUUACAUGAGGACUUAAACAGAGUUCAGCUCAAACCAUAUGUUGAACUUAAGGACAGUGAUGGUCGACCAGAUGAGGAAGUAGCACAUGAGGCAUGGGAUAAUCAUCUAAAGAGGAAUCAAUCAGUUGUGGUGGACCUGUUUCAAGGCCAACUCAAGUCUCAAGUCAGGUGUUUGGAGUGUGGCUAUGUCAGUGUUAGGUUUGACCCAUUCACUUUCCUCUCCUUGCCUCUCCCUAUGGACAACUCAAUAUAUGUUGAAGUUAUAGUUGUUCGACUGGAGGGGAAAACCCCUACAAAGUAUGGAUUGCUGUUGAAUAAUGAUGACAGAUACAAGGAUGUGAAAAGAGAACUGUCAAAAUACUGUGGGCUGGUGUGCUCACAGGUUCUCCUGGUUGAGAUAUUUGGGGCAUCUGUUAAGAGUCUCCCAUCAGAUGUACAGAAGAUUCGUACAGCGUUAGCUGGGAUACUCUAUGCUUAUGAGAUUCCACCUCCUACAAUCUCCUGUGAAAAUGAUUGUGUGGGACCCAAUCCUUCAGAGGAGGACAAGGUUAUAUGUAAUUCAUCUGUUGUAGAGUCUGAGGAGCGAGAAUUUUGUACUACAAAUAAGGAUACAAACUGUCAAACAGAUGGAACCAUUUUCAACACUGUUUCAAACAGUGAUAGAACUGAGAGGAAAGGAAGCAAAUCUUCUGGAACAAAUUCUGAAAACGGCUCAGAGGAAAGCGAAACCCGGCUUCGAGUCCAAGAAGAUUGGUUUGCGGAUGGAAAAAAGAACAAGAAGAAAGGUUCUUCUAGUCCAAUUAGGAGAUUGAGUCCAAAACUGCGAAAGAAAAUUAGCCCUAAGUUUGGGGCGGGAUUUAGUUUGACUGCAACAUUGAGGAAGUCGUCUUCAUCAUCAUCUUCAACAGAAUUAGCUGAAGGACAUUUUAAUACUAAUUCUGAUUCUGGCAUCAGUUUAAGUGUGGAAAAUUCUCCAAGUCACCAAACUGUUUCUUCACCUGUUAAUGUUAAUUCUGCUUCUGGACAUUCAAGUGUUUCGUCAACACCUACAACAGGACCUGCACCAUAUUUGGGCUAUUGUUUUAGUGGAUUUGUUGUUGCAAUGCACAGGAAAAUAAUUCGUUUAGAUGCAUAUUUCCUUUCACCACAAAAGAAUCGCCCCGGUUUGUUUGGAAUCCCUGUCAUCAUACCAUGCUCAUCUAAGACAAGACAGUGUGAGUUGUAUGAGGGAGUCUGGACUCAAGUGGCCAGGCUACUAAGCCCACCAGCACCAGGAGACACAAACUGUAAGGAUGGUGAUGCAGGGGACUAUCCGUUUGAGCUGCGGGCAGUUCAGAAGGACGGCCUCAUGUGUGCAUGGUGUCCAUGGUACAGGUUCUGCCAUGGCUGUGUCAUUAAGUGCAGUGAGCAGGAGUUUGGCAGUAGCAGUUCAUACAUAGCUAUAGAGUGGGAUCCAACUACACUGCAUCUCAGAUACCAGAGCUCACAGGAAAAAGUGUCAACAGAACACGAGAGUGUGGAGAGAAGCAGGAAACUGCAGACAGAACCUAUUGACUUGUAUGAAUGUUUCAGAGCGUUCACUAAAGAAGAGGAGUUAGGGGAAGAUGAGCUGUGGUAUUGCAACAAGUGUAAGAAACACAGAUUAGCAGUGAAGAAACUUGAUAUCUGGAGUCUCCCCCCAAUUUUGAUUAUUCACUUGAAGCGGUUUCAGUUCGUAAAUGGCCACUGGGUAAAGUCUAAUAAAGUUGUGCAGUUUCCCAUGGAAGGUUUCGAUCCUUCAGCCUUCCUGGCCAAGCGAUUUUUUCGCCCAAAUAGUGCAGGGAACUCAGAGUCAGGUGGAGUCACCACAGUAAAUGUCAAGAGCAGCGAGGAACCUGAACCCGAGGAGGAGCCUGGAGACAAGAAAGAGGAAGCGUCCCGCAAGGGUAGCGAGGAGUCGUCUUCCCAGAGUUCAUCUGGUGAACUGAGUUCCAGUCAGGUGGAACUAAACCAGACCAGCAAACCUCCUUCGCGCCAGUCCUCAUGUAUAAGCCUCAACUCAGCUAAAGUCCACCCUGAGGGGAUGCUGGAAAUGAAGCCUGUUGGCGAUGCCACCGCAAAUGCUACGAUCUCUGACGUCACGGAGCUAAAUUCUGUAGAUGAACAUAGAAGUGAAAGUGGCAGCAUGGCAGCGUUAAGGAGUGAAGGUUCACAGACAGAGACACCAACCUAUCGUAUUUAUGCUAUGUCGUGUCACACUGGAGUACUGGGAGGAGGGCACUACAUUUCAUACGCGCACAACCCAAAUAAAAGAUGGUACUGCUACAACGACAGUAGUUGCAAGGAGUGUGACAGCACCAAGCUACAAAAAGACUCACCCUACAUGCUGUUCUAUCAGCAAGACGGCAUGGACGAACGAGCGUUUCUUCCUAACUUCAGUGGCCAAACACCAGAUUCUGCAAGUGACGACGAGGAAUAUGAAAACGACGUGAAAAAACUUUGCAUCUUACAGUAAAACCCUAAAAAAUAUUCUGCACAGGAACAAAACUAAUUUAAAGACAAUUUUUCUAUUGAAACUUUUAUGGGAUGAACUCUUACGCAAAUGUAAAUUAUCAAAAAUGCUGUAAAUAUAUCGACAUAGAAAUUUUAUUUUUAAAUUCCCCUGGUAUCACACAAAUUAUGAAAGGAAUAAUAUUAGCGUACCCAUUAUUUGUUUGUGUGCUUUAAGCUCGUUGAAUUACUUUUUUCGAUGACAUUCUUCUGUGUCAAUGUGCGACAUUAAUUUUUUCCGGGAAGGGGGUCUGAGUAUUAUGGGAAAUUGAAUGAAAACUAAUUGUUUUUUCCCAUUUGGAAUGUUCUUACGUAAUCUACUUAAAGCCCUGUGUAUUUUAUAAAAAUGCACAGAAGACUUGAUUUAACGUUGAUACGAAUGAGAGCCGCUGUAGAUUUCUUCAUUAACUCUCAGUAAGGAGUUUAAAGAAAACCAUGACUGCAACGAGAACGUAGCAAAACGAAAGGUUUAAUGAGCAGAACAAUAACUUUGACCCUGCGUCUUAAAACGUUAUACAUUUUCAAGUCCUUCUCUCCAAGGUAACAGCGUUAAAUCGCCAAAUUUUGCGCACUCUGAGAAUGGGAACUCCGACAGUAAAGUAUUCACGUUUUUCCUUUAAACUCAACCCUACAUUCACAUGCUAUUCUGAAUGGAAGGUCUGACGACGUCGUAGCAGGCAAGCUACUCUCAAAAUUCUCAGGAGAAAUUAAAUAUUUAUUUCAAUCAACAUUUUCCCAGGCCUUACCGUUGUGACAUUUUAAACUCCCUUUUUCCAAGAUCCGUCUUUAUUAAGAGUGAAAGAAGACAGUGAGGUUUUCUUUUCAAAAGAAUAAGAGAUAGUGCGAAGCUCUAAAUAUACAAGGGGUCUUAUCAAGUGUUGUGACACGACACCAAAUUUCGUUUCAUGCAAAUAAACGUGAAAGUAAUUUUUUGCUCAGAUGGACAAACACGUGAAAGGGUAGAAAAACCAAAACGGAAUGAGCACACUUAAGGAUGGAGAAGAUAAACAUUUAUCUCAAAUGAUGGACUUAAAAAAUUGGCUUAUUUUGAAAAGUGCACAAACUGUUCUGAAACCCCUUCGAGAUUGUGUUCCAGCAAAGAAGUUGAAACAAUUCUCAAAACUUAGCAGUGCAGCAAAAUAGACAAAAGAAAGAAAGAUUAUUCAUAGCUAAGCUUAAAAUGACUGUUUAGGUGGCUGUAAAGAAAGUUUUUGGGAAUUUAGGUUUUAGGAUUUUUAAAGAUUUUUCUAAUUAGCGUUGUAAAACUUUACUUAAGUAAUCUUAAUAGCCCAUCUAAAUAACGGGAAAUUUUAAAAAGGGUACUGACGAUGAAAAGUACUUAAUGAGCAAACUGCUCAAAGAGCGAAAAAAUUAAGUGAUCAAGUCUUUAGCUUGAAGAAUUUUGUUGUCAAAAGCCAGUUGAGGACAUCAAAAGCUUCCAUUUUUCUCUCUCUUUUUCAAUUUUACGGGAAGUUUUAGUCAGUCACAUUAUUAUCUAGUGCACUACGGUCAGUGUCUCUUGAAAGACUGGAGAGAUUUUUAAAGUUGUCCAAAGCAGUCUGGGGACUCCAGAAAUGCAGUCUAUCCUACACUAAGGUUUAAAUCCUGCGAGUUAUCAGUGUUGAAUUGAGCAGUUUGGCAGAUGAAAUUUUUCCUCCUUCUUUUCAUAAACCUCCACAGUUUUCUGUUUACAAUCUGUUUGAGAUCUUUACAUGCAAAAUGUCGGUGUUUCCUGUUGAUGAAGUUCAUUAUACCUCUCGUAUGUUUGUACGUUACUACGCUCAGAACUCUUGUUUCUGUGUAGGAGCAAACGUGAUUAAUUUAGUGCCUUAAGACAAUAAAAGAUGCUUCUGUAAUUUU